GAAAAAUACGGAAAAUUUUGUUUGAAGUUUCUCGAAAUUAGUUUAAAAUGGGUUUUUCAUGUUUUUUCGGUGCUCCAUUUUUUAGUGGCCAAAUCUCCUAUAAAACAAUUGAGAAUAGACCAAAUAUCAGUCUUUUUGGCUUACAGUCAAAAAACCGCAAAAGACACGUCAAACGAGCUGAUCGUUAUCUGUAUCUGUCUGUCUCAUGGGAGUCAGGAGAAAUUCUCAGGAGUCGGACUUGUGAGUUGUGACCUUAAUUUUUGGUUUAGAGUGGGAGUUCUUAACAUUUUGAAUGUGUAUAGCUCUGCAUUGAAAAUUAGAAAUCUGCAUUGGGCCUCUCGGGUCUCCCUACAAAUAACAAAUCUGCAUUGUGCCUGUUCGUAUUUCUAUUUUUCGUGAUUUCGUCCUUUGACUUUCCGAGGAGUGAGAUACCGACCAGCAGAGCCUGGCAAAGCAAACGCUUUUCCGAACCGGAAUUUAGCUAUUUGAAGUAUAUGAUUCAUCUGAACUUUGUCAUCAGUUGGAUAUAAGUGACAACAAGAGAAAUAAAGAUACAAUAUAUUAAGUGAUGUCAAAUGUUGCAAAUUGUGUUUGAUUGGAAUAUGGUAGAAGUGAAGUAGAAUCUUGCUUAAUUGACGCUGGCCCAUAAUAUUCUCAUCUCUUAUGAAUUUACUUAGGCUACAGAAGCAAACAAAUAGAAAGAAGAAUGUCUAGGGGUCAAUCGCGUCCAAGAACUCAGCCUAGCAGGAGAACCCUAGAAAGGUGCAAGAAGAAAGACAGAAGUGAUUCGGUUGUCUUGAUUGAUGUUGAUGCUGCUAAUGUUAUCAUCCUUGAUAUUCCUGAGUCUUCUCAACACACACUUCAGGACUCUCUGUUAUCUAGGAAAGACAAAACGUUUCCUUCUGGUAGUGUUAUUUGCAUUGAUGAUGAUGAUAAUGAUAGUCCUGGACAUGGUGUUGAAAGUGGUGGGGUUAGGGAUAGUGAUACCACCUCAAGCAAGGCAUCUGAUCCUGCUUCUUGCCAGUUUCAAAAUUCUGAAAAAUCAGAUGGUGGCGAGUGUCAGUUCAUUUGGGAACGGAAAUUCCCUGUGAAAUUAUCAAAAUGUAAGAGGACAUACUCUGGAAAAACAGUUUUCUAGAGGUCAUUGUACUUUAAAUCCUAUCUCUGACAGUUGUUCUGAAGGUGACAAUUCUGACUGAGCUCAUGGAGGGUUCUUUUGGAAACAUACGUGAACAGUGGGAACAAGCAUCUCUAAAGAGAAAAACCAUUGAAGGUUUCUGGGGUGCUCAAUCUGGUUUAAUAGAUCAGGAUGUGGCUUUUAAAUCUCAUGCUGAUACUCAAAAGAAUGUUGGAGUAGAAAACAGGGCUGACCAUCUGGAAAAUUCACCAGUUCAUUCUACUUCAAGCACUGAUGAUGUUGAAAAAGAAAAUUUUUCUUUCUCAUCUGCUAAUAAUGUUAAUGGAGAUACUUCUCUCAAAUCUGAGAGGGAAACUCUUAUUGCAGAUUUGGAUAGAGUGGUGGAGCAGGAAACAGAGUUUGCUGAGAAAAAAUAUGGUUCUCAGGACAGUGAAGAACCACUGGAGAAGGAUUCAUCUUCUUGUGAUGGUUGUCAUCAAUGUGAUGCAUGUGCUUACUAUGAUGGAUCUAAUCUCCAAGGAAAAGACAAAAAUGUUUCUGGAGGACAUUCAUCAUGCAAGGAACAGGCUGAAAGAUCUAAUUAUGUAAGAGUUUGUCCUGAGCAUGGAGAAGCAAAUAAUGUCCAGGUACCUUGUGGGUUCAAUGCCCAGUCAGUGUAUCAGGCGAACUUUAGUGGCAGCAAUGUCACUUUCAAGGAUAAAGAGGCUUAUUUUAGGAAUAUCCAGCAGUUAGAACAGGUUAAUAAUGACAGUAUCGUCUGGGAGGAGAGAGAUGAAGGUAUUUAUGAAGGACCUCCUUUAUGCAACACACAUUCAUCAAAUGAGGCAAAAAAAUGUAGUGCUUACUUUGGGGACAUGGUGGAACCGGUUUCAGAAGUACCAUCUUUCCACAAUGUGCAACCAUGUUAUGAGACAGAGGUUAAUUGUGAUGUGGCUUCUUCUGGGGAAGAAGAUGGAUCAGCUCCUUGGAUUUUUUCCUGUAACAUUCAAAUGAGGGAUGACUUAGAAGUCAAUCAUGAUGGAGCAAGAUAUCUGAACAAAGAUAAACUUUUUAUUAAGGAUUCAUCUAUUUGCAACACUCAACAAAACAAAACACAGGAUAAACAUAUGGAAGAUUGUUUUAAGGAUGAAAGAAAACUGGUUUGUGAAUCACUCUCUAACUCUCAGCCACAGGAUGAGAAGAAUCCUUCAUUACAUGCUCAGGAUGAGAAUGAUACACUGAAUGUUCAGAAUAAUCUUGUGAGAGAGAAGUUGAAGGAGACUGAUGAGUACAAGCAUGCUGCAGAAGAAGAAUGGGCAGCCAGACAAUGAGAGUUACAGGAUCAGGCUGAAGAAGCACAGCAGCUACGGAAGAGAAAAAAGGCUGAAGCUCUGCAUUUAUUGGACAUAGAAAGAAGACAAAAACAAAGGGUGGAAGAAAUGCGAGAAAUACAAAAGAAGGAUAAGGAAACUGUAAACUUGAAAGAGCAGCUUCGUGUAGAAGUAAGAAGGGAUCUUGAUAAAUUGGAAGUGCAGUGUACUGAUAUGGCUUCAUUGCUUCGUGGCUUAGGAAUCCAUGUCAGAGGUGGUUUCUUUCCCAUGCCACAUGAGAUAGAGCAUCGAGAACUGACAUCCGUCAGCAGGUUGAGGCAGAGGAGAAGUUUAAGCUCAUUUCCCGCUUGAAAGAGAAAUUUUUACUGACAGCAUAAAGAUGGGACUCCCAGAUGCAACUGCAAGUUUUCUCAUACAAAAAGGAUGUUAAUUAGCUUAGCUGACCCUAUGGAGGCAAACAAGCAUUUCUUGUAUAGGAGCUUUCUUUUCUUUUUUUUUUUUGGGUACUAUGGAGAAUAGAGCCAAAUAAAUAGAUGUUAGCAAUGCUGCUUCUUGAGAGGGUUUUGUGUACUGGAGUAGCUUUUGCUUGUACAACCAUUAUAGACUUGUAGAACCACUUUCCAUCACAUUACCUUGUUAUGUAAAACAAUAAUCACCAAACAGAGGUUGGUUUCCUUUUUCAGUAGCUAAUAAUCAUAUAAGCCAAUCAGUGGAGCUUAAGUAA